ACAAUGUCCGAUUAUUUUUAACGGAAAACGUGAAAAAUAAGCAGUGUGUCUAUUGGAAGAUUCUUUGAGGAGGUGUUUUAAAAUUUAGAGCAGAUGGCUUGUUAAAAAGCACGGAUUCUAAUCGAUUCUUUUGUCUUUUAACGGUUGAGGUUUCCGUCGGACCUCCGGAAGUAAACUGGUAACAUUGCGGCUUUAAGGAACGACCAGGGUAUUUUUGUCAGCGAAGCUAAGGGAGCGUGAUGGUGUUAGGAGUUCAGUUAUAUAUUCAGGAGCCUGAUUGUGAAGAGCUUUAUAAGUGAAAACAGACGAAGAACAGAAAACAGAGAUAAGACAGAAGAGAAGACGACUUAAGAAAAUAAUGAAAAAAAAAAUAAACAAGAAAAAGAAAAGAAAAAAAAAAGAUAACGUGACUAAGAAGUAAAAUAAGAUUGGAUAAACAUAAUUACUUGAAACUGGAAGACAGGAGAAUGCACAUCAAGAUAUAUUUUGACAUACAAUGAGAAAGAUUGAGUAACAAUGCAUUCUUUCGAGGUGAUUCUAAAUAAAUAAUGACAGUUAUAUACAUUGUGAAUAUGAAUAAAGUAAUCAAUAAUUGAUUAGGCUGUCGCAGUGUGUUUAUAGAAAUAUAUAAACUCUCUUUUCGGAUAUGAAAUGAUUAUAAUUUAAAAGCAUUGUGUGCGAGGAAACCCCAUCAAGUUCGUUAUAACUAGACCCAAUGGUCUUCACCGCGACAAUUGAUGCCUAGAAACCGCUAUGUCACAGAUCAGCAUGAUACUAAGGGAAUGUGAGAACUUCACAUUUGGGUUAGAGAAAAUACUAACAGCGAAUUACUUUAUCUAGUUGCAAGUCGCUCAAUUUAUCAGUCCACUGGGAACUUUCGUGCUCUAAGGAGGUCACCAAACAGACAUGUGAAAUGGUCUGAAACGAUUUGUUUACUUCAGACUUAAGGAAUUCCUUGUCUCGAAGGUAACGUAGACUUCAACUACACCAAACACAAGUCUUUUCUGUUAAAUCCUUUUCACCUGAGUUGGUAAAACCAAAAGAGAUGCCUCGAAAAGUGUCCAAAAACGCACCGAUGAAAAAACUAAAUUUCAAAAGCGCUUUCUCAAGCAUGGGGAAACUGAUGAGUGAUUUAAGCCACUCAGAAUUGAUGGACAGUGACAGUGAAUCAGAUCAAGAUGAUAAAACAAACAAAAUGUGGGCAACACCAGCGAGUAGAUUAAAGUCAACAUCAAAAAUGUCGUUUGGAACCUUGGACAGCGACUAUGAGAGCGAAGAUGAGUUGAGCAUGACUUUCCCUCCUCCUAGACGAUCCCAGACACCAGUCAGCGAAGUUGCAAGAUUGGAAAAAAUCCGGGAAAUUUUGGAGGAUAAGAUAGAGGAUAUGAAACAGCGAUCAAAAAAGCCUGGGACUUCUAAGGGGCUGCGAGAUUCGAUGACAUACCAAAUUGGGAACAUGGAAAGCAAGCUGGAAAAUCUCUUGAAGAGAAUCGUGCUUGAAGGCCGGCGGGGAGAGGGCGCUGCACACAAACCCAGAACUCUGUCUUUAGAACGCCCAUUCAGGUCAUCGCUAGGAUUUAGCAGCCAUUCAAUAAUUGAAAGGAGAAAAGAAGAGUCUAAACUUGCUGUAGAAAGAGUGCGUGAAGUUAUGGAAAAACAAAAGCAGGAUGAGGAAUUGGAAAAUGAGUCUCGCACCAAGGGAAGAGAAAGACCUGUUCUAGAGGCAUGGGGAGAGUCACGCCGCAACAGUACUUCAAGACCUCAAUCACAAGCGAGUAAGCAAAAUUCGACGAGGAGAGCAUCACAACCAAAAGUCAACAUAAUACAGGGCCCACCUCCCUCCACCAGAAAGUUUUUCCCGCCAAUUCCUGCAUAUGGCGCGAAAAAGCGACCAAGGGAUGCGGUCCCACCGUGGAUGCGCCAGUCGGAUGACUUUCACGGGAGAAGUGAAAAAACACGAGAAAAAGAAAAACGAAUCAAUCUUAUUCCAAACCGAAAACGUGUCGCAGGAAAGAGAGCUGCGGUUAUUAUCAAGCAAUUGAAUUUUGAAGAGGCGUACGGUAUGGAGUCUAAGGCUUCGCUAGAGAACUUCAACGAUGUAAUGGGAGACUACGGUGAACAGACUCUGCCAGAAUUCACGCAUCCACCAAUUUCCCGCCAAAAAUUGUACAUGAUGGGUGCAUUGUCAAGGCGACAUUUGUACCCGCCAACAGAAAAGCCAUAUAAGGAAAACACUUGUGGAGACGAAAAACUGUUUUGGGUCAGAGUAUAAGUGAAAGGGAUUCACUUAAAUUUCUAUUUGGAAGAAAAAAUAUAAUAAAAGACGCCAUGGAUCCAAUAAGAGCGAAUUUAUUAUCCUAUGAAAUCUUUUGAAGAGCAAAAUUAUGAUUAUUGGGCGUAAAAUAUAGGAUAGCCGCACAUUAUACAGUAGCUAAAGGAAACAGAACUAAGUAAUUCGAACUCUUUACGUUUCUUUACGUUUACCUAUACAU